GCCACUGCGCGCCGGGCGAGCCAGCGAGGAGGGCGCGAGCGGCGCAGCCUGCAGCCGGGGCCAGCCUGCGAGCCAGUGCGCGUGCGCGGCCUGCCUCCGCGGAGUCCCGGGAGCGACCGCGAGCCGGCGCUGGGAUUGGGAUCCGGAUCGCCGCAGUGCCGAGCGCCCGGCGAGGCUGAGCGGACGACGACAUGGGCGACCGGGAGCAGCUGCUGCAGCGGGCGCGGCUGGCCGAGCAGGCGGAGCGCUACGAUGACAUGGCCUCCGCCAUGAAGGCGGUGACUGAGCUGAAUGAACCUCUCUCCAAUGAAGAUCGAAAUCUCCUCUCGGUGGCCUACAAGAAUGUGGUUGGUGCCCGGCGAUCUUCUUGGAGGGUCAUUAGCAGCAUUGAGCAGAAGACCAUGGCUGAUGGAAACGAAAAAAAAUUGGAGAAAGUGAAAGCAUACCGGGAGAAGAUUGAGAAGGAGCUGGAGACCGUUUGCAAUGAUGUCCUGGCUCUGCUUGACAAGUUCCUCAUCAAGAACUGCAACGAUUUCCAGUAUGAGAGCAAGGUGUUUUACCUGAAAAUGAAGGGCGAUUACUACCGCUACCUGGCCGAGGUGGCUUCCGGAGAGAAGAAAAACAGUGUGGUGGAAGCUUCGGAAGCGGCUUACAAGGAAGCUUUCGAGAUCAGCAAAGCACAUAUGCAACCUACGCACCCCAUCCGGCUGGGCCUGGCCCUCAACUUCUCUGUCUUCUACUAUGAGAUCCAGAAUGCACCUGAGCAGGCCUGCCUCUUAGCCAAACAAGCCUUUGAUGACGCCAUAGCUGAGCUGGACACAUUAAACGAGGAUUCCUAUAAGGACUCCACGCUCAUCAUGCAGCUACUGCGAGACAACCUGACCCUCUGGACGAGCGAUCAGCAGGAUGAAGAAGCAGGAGAAGGCAACUGAAGAUCCUUCUGGUCCCCUCCCUGGCCCUUCCUUCCCCCCACCAGCCCUGUUAUCACUGAUCCUUCUUUACUACCAUCACAAAAUAAUCUAGUGCUAAACCUAUCUGUAUUGGAGCACAGCUACUCAGAUCUGCUCUCCUGUCCCUCGGGAAGCAGCUUCAGAUAAACCUUGGGCAUUGCUGGACUGAUGGUUGCUUUGAGCCCACGGGAGCUCCCUUUUCUGAAUUGUACUGGGUGUGUGUUCUGAAGGAGGCAUUUCCCAUGCCUGUCACUCCAUGGCAAAUGCAGGCAGAAGUAAUCAAGUUUUGAAAGGAGAAUUAGCCGACCCAGGAGAUGGUUAAUAGUGAAAACAAGCUGAUAGUGUUUGGUUAGACAUCUUGUGCAUGCAAAAAUGAAUUCAACCCUCCCGCGUCUUUCUUCAGCUAAUGGAAAACUAACUGUUAAGGGAAGCUGAUCCAGAGAGACAACUUGCUCCUAUCCAUCAGCUUUAUAAUAAACUGUUUAAUGUGAGGUUUCAGUAGCGCCUUGUUUUGCCUCUUUAAAUUAUGAAAUGCACAAAUCCUUCUUUUCAAUGCAAUGCAUCUAAAGUUUUGAUAUGUGUAACUUUUUUUUUUGGUUGCGAUUGUUUAAGAAUCAUGGAUUUAUUUUUUGUAACUCUUUGGCUAUUGUCCUUGUGUAUCCUGAGCGCACCACGCGUGUCAGCCCAUGUCAAUCAAGAUGGGUGAUUAUGAAAUGCCAGACUUCUCAAAUAAAUGUUUUGGAAUUCCAAGGGUAAAUAAAUGCUGCUUUGGGGAUA